AUGGCUCGUCUUCUCAUCAAGACGCUUACUACCUUGCUACUCUUUCAUUCAUGCUCAACGUUCAACCUAUACCCGCCCGUGAACUCGGAUAAGUUAUCCAAGGCUUUGAAUAUCUCCACGGAAUGCUUCGCUGCUCUGCACGUACCUUGGAUCCUUCACUUCACUCCCAAUGCAAGAAGACUAACACUAUAUUCUAGUAACCAGUCCCUGCCAGAUUGUGACCAAACACUUUUUGGAAUGGUUGGAGACUUUGAAAACUUUUGGUGGGAAGAAGACAACGUCACCACCUUGUGUAAUGGCAACUGCCCUCAGGCCACUUCCGACUGGAGACUCAACGUCUUCGAUGCUUGUUAUGGCGAGUAUAUUUCUGCCUACGGGAAACUGGUUCCCGCCAAUUCAGUCAGCGAUCGUUUCUAUGACAGCCUCAACAUUGCCUGUCUGCCAUCUGGUUCUGAUGACUUUUCCUGGUGUCUCACAGAAUCCCAACAAUGGGUAGGCUCUGAUAUUGUUCGCCCCGACUGCAACGCCAAUCCGUCUGCGCCGUCUUGCGGCGGCAACGUCUCGGCUAUACCUGAUAGUUCACAACGCAUGGCAAAUCUCUACGGUGACGAUAUUCUAUGUAACCAAUGCUUUAUAGAGAUGCUCUAUUCCCGGGUCACUUCAAGCUUACUAAGUAACGAGGACCACUCGGACUAUCUCGUGGACCAACUCCAGGAUGUGGCAGAUAUAUGCAGCACACAGCUCCGCGACUUUACGGUCAGGGCUGUACCGACAUACGCCCCAGCACCACCGGUGACUUCUAUACCAACCACGACAACUUCAGGGGGGACGGCACCUGCCGCUACCACUUGUGCUGGCCAGGCAGUGAACACCGGCUCUGGCUGUGAUGCUCUGUCUACCAAGUAUAGGGUUGCUACGGGUGACCUACUGGCCAUCAUCAACAGCAGUACUUGUCAGAUCUCUAGCACCGUGUGCCUGCCGGCGGCUUGCACCUUGCAACGUCUCACCGGCUCUCAGACAUGUGAUACACUUGCCGCGAGUCUAAAGGUAACUACCGUCCAGUUCCUGAGCUGGAAUCCCAACAUUAUUGGACUAUGUGACAGUCUUACCGUCGGACAAUACAUAUGUGUUAGUGCUCCCGGCACGAAUAGCUCCUACGCUCUGCCGCCGCCCCCUUUGGGUUCUGCCGCCAAUGCCGGCAACCAGCAGAGGGGCGGCGCCGGCGGUGUAGUCACCCCGUCCACUACGGUCCUGGGCACGCUCACCAACCCGGCAUCACAAGGAUCCAUCUCGGCGCCUUCGCCGACCCAGGAUGGUCUGGCCAAGAAUUGCAACAACUAUGCUAGUGCCAAAGCUGGGGAUACUUGUUUUGACUUUGUCAAGAACAAUGGGAUAAGCGCCGACAAGUUCUACUCGUGGAAUCCCGUCCUGGGCUCUAAUGGCGUCGACUGCUCGACCAAGUUCUGGGCCAACGAGUACUAUUGCAUUGGGACGCAAACGACCUCCUCCACUGCACCGGGACCGACGCAGUCGGGCAUCGUGUCCAACUGCGCCAAAUACGCCAUGGCGCAAACCGGAGACGUCUGCUCUGUAUUCGCCUCGCGGAACGGCAUCUCCACCACGCAGCUGUACAGUUGGAACGCCGUCCUGGGCAGCAGCGGCCAAAACUGCGGCACCUCCCUCUGGGCAAACGAGUACUAUUGCGUCGGCACCUCGGCCGCGGCUGCUGUCACCACGACAAAGUCCACGACGACGACGACCAAACCUGCAGCCGUUACUGCGCCGGGGCCUACCCAGUCUGGGAUAUCGACAAAGUGUAACAAGUACGCCGCAGCCAUUAGUGGAGAUACUUGUGGUGCGUUUGCGGCUCGCAACGGCAUAACGACGGCAAAUCUAUAUGCGUGGAACACAGUCUUGGGGCCGAAUGGUAGUCAAUGCGCGUCGUCCUUGUGGGCAAACGAGUAUUACUGCAUCGGUGUAAGCACUUGA